CGUACCGUGCCGUACAGUAUGAUUCUCGGUGAAGAUUUCUUGUUACGUGUCACACUUGUUAUGGAGUCUAACAAUGUAUGGUUCAUACCACUUGAUAGGUGGGUGUGUGAGAUAAGGGUGUGUGAUUCUCUUGUUACAGGUUCUAGUGCAGACGUUGAGAAACGGGUGAACGACCUGGUGGAGUCAUACGUACCGCGUAAGACAAAGGAAGCACCUGUCAAGUUGAAAAUCGUGCUAAAGGAUGACAUCCCUGUUGCACAACGACCCCGAAGACUGGCUCCAGCUGAACAAGAGGAGGUUGACCGGCAAGUAAAUAAGUGGCUUGAAGACGGCGUGGUAAGGAGACUGAGGACGAGGCUGUGGUCCGGCUGGGUGAAGUAUUGGAAGUGGCCUCGCAAUAUGGGCUGGACAUUAACUGGAAAAAGUCGCAGCUUGUCCAACGACAAGUGGAGUACCUUGGACAUGUGAUCCAAGAUGGGCAGGUGCGGCCUUCCCCUGAAAAGACGGAUGCGGUUGCCAGAUUCCCCGAGCCUACCAAUACUAAGCAAUUACAGAGUUUUAUAGGACUAACAUCUUAUUUUCGAAAAUAUAUACAGAAUUUUGCUAUGAUUGCAAAACCACUGACGGACCUGUUACGACGAGACAACAGUUAUGAGUUUAAUGAUGAAUGCCGAGCUGCUUUUGAAAAACUGAAGAGGAGACUGGCGAGUCAACCAGUGCUUCGCAUAUUUAACCCCAGA